GAGCAAUAUUCAUCUUUAAAUUUCCGGUAUGUGAUUAUUGGUACUGAACGUAAUACUAUUCUUAAUCUUUAUGACGUUGAAACUGCCGAACACAUACAAUCAAUCAAGUUUUUGCCUCCUUAUGAAUGCCGACCGUCAGUGAGUAAGGCUUACAGGAAAGAAGAACUCAUGUUUAAUUAUGUUAGUUUUGAUCAGAAUACCCAUACUUUAAUCGUGGCAAAUAGUGCUAGAGUUUCGAUCUUUGCUCUUCAUUUAAAUAUUCCAAACAAGAAUUUGGAUAAGUUUGACCUUUUUAAUCCGAAUAACCUUGCGGUUAGCGGAAAAAUAGAACAUGAGUCAACGUCGACAUCGGAAUAUUCUUCUACUACGAAUUCAGUGCAGUUUGAUUACAUGAUAGAAUUUCCUAUUGAUCAACUAAUUGGGAGCUUCGUUAUGGUUCCAGGGGCUACUCCUUCUGAUGGAUUUUCGUUAUAUUGUUCUCAACAAAAAUCCGUGCGACAAUAUACUAUCUCUAGAGACAUAUUAUUGCCACAGAAUAUUGACGUAUGCCCGGAAUACGUGUGUGCUGAACGCGUUCUUGAUCAUCAGCAGCAAGAAACUAAGGAUGAUGUCAAGGAAGAAAGUAAAAACAAUCAUGUAGAAACCGAUGAAAUUUUAUCUCAAGUAGAGAAUUUAAAUCAAUCUUCUGUUGAAGAAACUAUCAUCGAAAGGGCUAUGGAGUCUUUAAUCGCUGAGGGUGAUGUCUCCGAUGCAAAUAUCGUAAAUCCUGAAUCGGAUGAGACGACCUUAGAAAAGGGUAACAUAAUAUUCAAAAAUAUGCAAGAUUCUACGUUCGUUAUUGAAGAAAAUAUGAGCAAGAGCGCUGAAAAUCAGAAACCGCAAAAAUCCAAGUCGGCUGGUCAUUCAAACGGUACCACAUCCAAAGCGAAGGCCCCCAAAAAGCAAGGUGCUGAAGUUUUGUCUGAUUCAGAGAAGACUAAUAAUAAGAAGACACGUAAUGAAAACUUUAUUCAUUCUUCUGAAGCAUCGAAUAAGUCUACUGGCAAAAAAAAUGCUGAGG